AUGGCCGCCAAGAAUCACAGCAGCACGCCCGCGCGCCUGGCUGUCCGCGAGCUCGCGCAGGACGCAGACGACUCCUCGCUUAAGAUCAUCCGCAUGUACCACAACAAGCGGUACUUGCCCCACAGUGAACGCGUGUCCAACCUCGCGUGGCGCAUUCAGAACAACAAGGCGCUCAAACAGGCGCGUGGCAGGCUGCUGAAGCCCGCCCGGGCCCCCGCUCCGCCCGGCCGCCCCGACCCCACGGCCGCCUCAAAAGCCCCUGACGACUUCGACUACGUGGCGCAUAUCAGAAGAAUCUCCCAGGACGAGUACGCCGCCCAGGCACGCGGCCCGCCCGCGCGCAGCGCCAGCUUCCAGCUCGGCGCGACAACCACGCCCAGCCCGGCCAUGGCGCCUGCCGAUCCGCUGUUCCUGGACUCCCAGUGGCCGCCGCCGCCGCCCGACCCGCCGGCCAGCUCGUUUCUUAGCUCGUACAUCGACUCGCUCGAGUCCACCAUCAAAAACGACUACCACCCCGUGCGUCCGCGCGACCAGAGCCUGGCCGCCGCCGACUCCUCGGGCCACUACGUCAGCGACAAGGUGCCGCUGGACCGGCGCCAGGCGCGGCUGCUCGCGUGUUCCAACUGCCACACCCGCACAACGCCGCUCUGGCGCAAGACCGCGGCUGGCGACACGCUCUGCAACGCCUGCGGCUUGUUCUACAAGUUGCACGGCACGUUGCGCCCAGCCAACGCUGCGUUUGCGCCGCCGCCGGACGCCCGCGGGCCCCGCCCCGCCCCGCCGAACCCGCUUUUCCAGGGCUCCGUGGACGGUGCCAUUUCCUCACGGAACACGGGCCUCUUCUCGCAGAUGGGCGACGUGCCACACUUCACCAACCCGUCGCAGCACGUGUCCGCAGGCGUGUCCACCCAGGCCGUGGCGCGUCUCAAGCCUGGCGACUUCUUUGGCUCUGCGGAGCUGAUGGCCAUGCUGCCCGCCGCGUGGGGGAGCAAUGCGCCGGACGCGGCCGACAACGGUGCGGACGAGAUCGACCGCUUGCUCAACAUGAACCUCUUCCAACUGGACCACUUGGCCCUAGACAAGCUGGGCAGCGGCUUUGCGGGGCAUGGCUUCGACUCGCGGGGCAUGGAGGCCACGGACGAGAUCUUGAUCGAUGAGGCCGCGACGGGCUUGGCCAACUACAACUGGCUUGAUUUCCAGCACUAA